CUCUCUCUUCGUUUCAACGGGCGAGGAUUUUUCGAAACGAAAGCUCUUGUUGCAUAUCUCUCUCUCUUCUCUCUCCUCUCUCUCUCUCUCUCUAGAGGAGGAGGAGGAGGAACUCUCUGUCUCUCUCUCUCUUCUUUUCAGGCUCGAAUUUAUAGCUCUCUUUCUCUCUCUCUCUCUGGAUGAGCUCGACUUCGAUUCCCGCCACUUCCCGUGAAGAAGAGGACUUCGGGCGCCGGAGAUGACUGUGGCAGGAAUGGCCGAGUUGAAGAUAGAGGAUUGUUGUCUCGAGAACAGACAAUUGACCGCCGCCUCGAACUCCUCUUUAUCUGAAGGCAGUGCCAGUGCUACUCUCAAAUCUCCUGCUGUGUCCAGCCCGGCGACUACUUCUCCCUCUCACCGGAGGACGACAGGACCUAUCAGGCGGGCAAAGGGCGGUUGGACUCCAGAGGAGGAUGAGACAUUGAGAAAUGCUGUUGCAGUUUAUAAUGGCAAGAGUUGGAAGAAAAUAGCUGAACACUUUCCUGAUAGGUCUGAAGUCCAAUGUUUGCAUAGGUGGCAAAAAGUUCUCAAUCCUGAUCUUGUUAAGGGACCUUGGACCCAAGAGGAGGAUGACAAGAUUAUUGAUUUGGUAUCAAGAUAUGGCCCCACAAAAUGGUCUCUCAUAGCAAAGUCUUUGCCUGGUCGUAUAGGGAAACAGUGCCGAGAGAGAUGGCACAAUCAUUUGAAUCCAGAUAUCAAAAAAGAAGCUUGGACAUUGGAGGAAGAAUUAGCCCUUAUGCAGGCCCAUCGGGUAAAUGGGAAUAAGUGGGCUGAAAUUGCUAAGGUUUUACCUGGAAGGACUGACAACUCAAUAAAGAAUCAUUGGAAUAGUUCCUUGAAGAAAAAGUUAGACUUUUAUUUAGCCACUGGUAAACUCCCACCAGUUGCAAAAAGCGGUUUACAAAAUGGCUCCAAAGAUGCAAGCAAACCCACAUUGGCUAAAAGAUUAGUUGGUUGUAAUAAAGGAGCUAACUUGAACCCUCAAACUUCGUUAGGAAAUGGCGGUACUUGCAAAUUAGAAGAAGAGAAUCAGGAUAAGUUGGAACUUAUGGCUCGGCAUCAAGAAGCAUGUGAGUCAUCAAGUAUUCUUCCCAGUGAAUCUGCUGAUUCAGGUAGUGCAGAGUUUAAAUCUAGAAUAGAUGUUUCCAGCAAUUUAGAAGUAUUGGCCCAGAGUGAGGAUAGUGGAGCCUGUGAUAAAAGUGAUUACAAAGAUGUUGGAACGACACCACCGGAGCAAGCUCUGGUUUAUGGUUUUCUGUGCUAUGAGCCACCCCCUCUGGAAAGUUGCAUCCUC